AUGAGGUAUGAUGGGACCAAGGACCCCCAGGAGCAUGUCACAGCCUUUGAAGCAAGGAUGAAUUUGGAAGGGGUAGGCGACGCGGUUAGAUGCCGGGUGUUUCCCGUAACGCUGGCCGGCCCAGCUAUCCGAUUGUUCAACACACUCCCACAAAGGUCCAUCACAACCUUUGUAGUCAUAUCCCAGAAGUUCCUAGCCCGGUUCACGACACGCAUAGCCAAAUCAAAACACCCAAUCAACUUACUGGGGGUCACCCAAAAACCUGGGGAGCCGACUAGGAAGUUCCUAGAUAGGUUCAACGACGAGUGCUUGGAGAUCGACGGCCUCACGGACUCAGUUGCUAGCCUAUGCCUAACGAACGACCUACUAAACGAAGACUUUACGAAGCACCUUACAACCAAGCCCGUGUGGACCAUGCAGGAAAUUCAAAGCGUCGCUAAGGAAUACAUCAACGAUGAAGAAGUCAGUCAGGUUGUAGCAGCCAACAAACGGCAGCUCCCUAGCUCGUCAGCCCGGCAGGCCCCCCAAGCCGACAGGUACAAAGAAGCUCCCAGGGACAGCAACCUAAACAAACCACCCAAGCACCCACGGAUAGGAAAGUUCAUGAACUACACGCCACUUACGGCGCCUAUAGUAGAAGUUUACCAACAAAUUGUAGACAAGGGGAUCCUGUCAAGGACUAGACCACUAAAAGAGAGAACGGGAGGCAACAAGAGCCUUUAUUACGAUUAUCACAAGGGGUUUGGGCACAAGACCCAAGACUGCUUCGACCUCAAAGAUGCCUUGGAACAGGCCAUCAGAGAAGGAAAGCUGAGCGAAUUCUCCCAGCUCAUCAGGGAGCCGAGGAGGCGGGAAAGAGAACGCUCCGAGGAAGGUCGGAGCCGAACUGUCAAGCCAAGGCAAGAACCCUCAGGGGACCUCGACAACCCCCCAACUUUCGUGGUUAACAUUGUGGUCGGACGAGACAGCCCCCCAAAUCCAAGUCGGCAGUAA